AUGAGACAGCGAUAUUUGAAACACGUCAUUUCCGGUUCCGGUUGCUUCCUUGUUUGUGCUGUUUGGAUAUUCACAAUUAAAGUAAUAUGGCAAGUACCGAGUUCCGGAGAAUCCUUUGAAAUGACCGAACAUUCCUCUGAAAAUGAUCUAUUUCGGGAAAGGAUAUUUCUUAAAAACGACAAAAGUGAAAAUUUAAAUAGAUUCCCAGGGAUAUCAAAGUUUUCUUCUGAUGUGAUGAAAAGACGAACAGGUCGAAUACUCUGGUACCGACCGCCGAAUUUCCAGCAUAUCAUUGACUCAGAAAAAAUCAUGGAUUUCUCCAAGUGUGGAUUUCCCAAUACUUGUACUCACGUGAUAAACGACACCCUUAUCAGUAGCAGUGACGCCGUUAUAUUUCACGGAUCUGUACUUCCGGUAGUGUUACCCAAACGUCGGAAAGAUCAGUUUUGGAUAUUUUAUACUCUUGAAAGUCCCCCGAGCGUUUAUCCGAUAGGAAACAACUGGAGGAGAGAAUUUGAUUGGAUGAUGAGCUACAGGAGAGACUCACAAAUAUUUCUGCCCUACGGUAAAAUUUUCCAGAACGAAAACAGGGACAAAUUGGAUUUCAAUAAUAUAUUACGCAAUAAGGUCAAAGAAAGUCCAGUUGCUUGGCUUGUGAGUAAUUGUCAUGCUAGAAACAAGAGAAAUGAAUAUGUCAACGAAAUGAAAAAACAUGUACGUGUGGAAGUGUUUGGGAGAUGUGGAACCCCAAUUAUGGCGUCUUUCGCGAAUACCUCAAUAGAAGCCUAUAAAAUUUUAUCUCUAAAGCAUAAAUUUUAUCUCUCGUUUGAAAAUAAUCAUUGUACUGACUACAUUACCGAGAAAUUAUUCAAUACUUAUUCCAGACAAGUACCACUAAUCCCGGUAGUACGCGGAGCAGCUUCUUACACAGAAAUUCUACCAAAUGGAACUUAUAUCAAUACUGCUGAUUUUAAAACUCCAAAAGAUUUGGCAAAUUAUUUGAAUUACUUAAAUGAUAAUGAUGAUGCAUAUCUAAAAAUUCUUCGAGAAAAACUGAAGUAUGAUGUUUAUGAUAUGGUGGAGGUUUACCAUCAAUCCCUGUGUAGGAUUUGUGAGAAAAUCCAGAAUCCAAUGGAACGAGUACGGACGAACAGGACCGACGUGUCGUCAUGGAUACGCGACAAUACUUGCACUACCGUUAAUGGCAUCUGA